GCUGCUCCCGAUUUUAUGAAGCCGUCGACCUUUGCCCGGUGCCCUCCUGACUCUCCUCGUCUGGCCCGCGGUUCCCGUCCAGUUCCCUUCUGGCAGAGCAAGAAGCAUUUUUUUAAAAAAAUGGAGCUUUUUGUCUGUCCCUCCUGUCGCAUGGUUCUCUGGGACCCGGUGACCGUCUCCUGCGGCCAUUCCUUCUGCAGGAGAUGCCUGGGCGAAACCUUGCCUUCCGAGUGCUGCCUCUGCGGGGAGAAGCUCGGCCUCCUGGCCUCGCGAACGCUGAGCUCGAACGUCCUACUGGGGAACUUGCUAGAAAAGGGCUUGGAUACGGCCGCCAAGGUGGCCCGGUUAAAAAGGGACCUCCGUGAGCUGGUGAGCAAGAGGGACUUCCAGGAAGCGCUGAGGACGCUUCAGAAGGGAAUCGGCUUGGCUCCAGAUGAUCUUACAUUGAGGGUGUGCAGAUCAGAGCUUUAUGUGGCUUUACAGGAGUAUGAAGGGGCUCUUGAGGAUUUGGAGAUUCUGUGCAAGCAGAAGCCAGAAGAAUGUGAAGGCUUUUUUAGAAAAGGGAAAGUGCUCUUGGACUUAGGGAACCAACCAGAGGCCCUGCUGCAAUUUCAACAUUGCCUUACACUGGAUUCCAGUUUUCAUGCAGCUGAAUAUGAAAUAGAAAAGAUUCUCACAAACGAUGCCUCCCCUAUUCCUGGUACUGUUAUGGAGUUGAAGAACAAAGGCAAUCAGAACUUGGAAGAUUGUAAAUCAAGGGAACAAUUGACUUUUCUUGAAGGUUUUGAAGGCGAAACUCUACCGGAUACGAAGGCACAAAAAGAAAAUUGGCUGGAAGAAACUAUGCCUGAUCAUAGCCAGGCAGCACUUCCCAUGUCUCAAUGGAUGAGGAAGAAGUUCAGAUCAGACCUUUCUGCAAAUAAAGAAGAUUUGGAGGAAGAGGAGGCCUCACCAGAGACUUCAGGAACUAGAUCACCAGAUAUAAAGUCUACGAAAGACUAUUGUCCAGACUUCAUGGGCAUCCUGACUACAUCAGACUUGGAAUGUUCCCUUUGUAUACGUAUGUUGUAUGAACCUGUUACCACACCAUGUGGCCACACCUUUUGCAAAGAGUGUAUGGAGCGUUGCUUAGACCACCGACCCAACUGCCCACUUUGCAAGCAAAGCCUGCAAGAGUAUCUGAAAGCUGGAAAAUACAAUACUACCAUUCUGCUUGAAGAGUUGAUGACUACAGUCUUCCCUUCACAACUGGCAGAAAGGAAACUGGUCCACCAAGCUGAAAUGGUAGAACUUUCAAACCUAAACAAGAAUAUCCCCAUCUUUGUGUGCACCAUGUCGUUUCCAGGUCUUGUAUGUCCUCUUCAUGUGUUUGAACCUCGCUAUCGACUCAUGAUGCGAAGAUGUCAGGAGACAGGAACAAAGAUGUUUGGCAUGUGCAUGUAUGAAAACGGAAAAAACUUUGCUGACUAUGGCUGCAUACUGGAGAUUCAAAAAAUAGCAUUUUUUCCUGACGGACGGUCAUUGGUGGACACUAUAGGCAAGAGGAGGUUUCGAGUUUUAAGACGAGGGCACAGAGAUGGCUACAACACUGCCGAUGUUGAAUACUUGGAAGACGAGAAGAUGGAAGGAGAAGAACAGACUGAGCUCCAGAAUUUGCAUGAUUGUACCUAUGAGCUAACCCAGAGAUUUUAUGAACAUGGGGGCAGGACUUUCAGACAGCUUGUGAUGCAACAUGGACCACUUCCAGAAAAAGAGGAAGACAUACAGGCAUCGCCAGAUGGACCAGUUUGGUGUUGGUGGCUUAUAUCAGUCUUGCCCCUUGACCUGACCCACAAGUUGACCAUUUUUUCUGAAACCUCCCUGAAGGCACGCCUCACCCAACUAAAGCAUAUUCUGAACAUCAUUCUGGAAAGUCGUGACUACAGCAACUAAUACUCAGACUUGCCACACGGACGUUUUAGAUAACAUAGAAGGCAGGGAAGUGGGCACUUCCAGGGAACAAAUGACAAACUGAAGAUGGCUUGGCAAAAAAACAGAACUGACAACCAUAGAGGAAUGAACCGGCAAAUAGACCAGCUCUUCAUAAUUCUUCUCCAGUCAAAGAGAGGAUUUGAGAUUGCUCACAAGUGCUCUAUAUCGUUGCUCCUCACAAUGCCAAUCUGGUGCCCUCCAGAGGUCCUGGGACUGCAAUUCCUAGAACUUCUAGCCAGCAUGGUUGACUGGGAAAUUCUACAAGUUGUGAUCCCAGCACAUCAAGUGGAUGCCAAGUUAGGGUGAUCAAAGCCUUAACGUCUUUAUGUCCUUUAUUGUGAUUAUUUUGUUAUUGUAAAACUGACUUCGGAUAUAGUCCUUGAAUGAGGACUCUGAAACUGGUCUGCAGUUGUAGCAAAUUUGCUACAAUGGUAUGUAGUAGUAGCAAGAUUUUUUGAAUGGGUUUUGGACUGACAGGGCUAAAAGGUUCAGUAGUAAGAUGUGAAUUGUAUUCAGGUGAACAUAUUUCUAAGCACCUUACACCAUGAGAAUAGGAAAUAAAACUACAAAUGCUGGGACUUCUUGAGGAAAUUUGCCUUAUAUCACAUGUUGAUGUUUGCAUGGGACUCUUCAACAUAUUCUUCAUAAUGUAUGAUGUUCUUUCUUUCCAACUUAAGUAACUCACUGCUAUUGAUUGUAGGGUAAAAGCCAACUCAGAAAUGAGGAACAUGACAAAAGGGCUGAUUUUCUUUCCUGCAUUUUAUUCUGAUUGCUAUUUAAUGAAGAAUUCCAAAAGGGAUCAGAUACAAUGACGUAUGCUGCUGAAGAAGGUAGAUUAGAAUACUUCUAUAUGAUAAGAAAGAUAUAAAAGUUAGAUUGGGAUAGAUAAUGUGUAGUUAUCCAGAUGUUCGGCAAGUACAAUGAUUUCUUACCAUUUGGAGAGCUAUACUUUCCCACCAGUCUGAAGUAGACCGUUUUAAAGAUUUAAUUUAUAGAAAAUGCCUAAAGGGAAACCUGAAAAUGAAAAUGAAAUUUUAGACAAUUCUCAUGGGGAUGAAGUGAAUAGCUAGAGGACUAACUACGACCUAAAAUGUAUAAUUCAGGAAUUAAUCUAGGUUUCAAAACGCUAAAAUGACAGAGUAUUCAGCUGAACAAAUCUGCUGCAUAAUUGUACAUGCUGUUAGACAAAUUACCAUGAAUAUAAAAAGUUUGACAUACAUGUAUAUAAUAUGAACUGACCAUGUACACCUAGGUUUAGUAUAGGGAAUAUCUGAAUAGUUCAUGAAAGAUCAAUCAUUUGUUAAUGUUUAAGAAGUCAUGGGAUUUUUAAAACAACAGCUGCUAAACCGAUUGGUUUGUAAAAUUUGCCAAAGAUUAGAAUUAUUUUUAGAUAAAAUAUUUUUGUGCUCCAGCCUGAAGAAUAUGGAUUCUGAGAAUGAACAGCACAGUACAAUAUAAUAUAGGUAGCCCUUGAUUUAUGACCAUAAUUGGGACUGGAACUUCUCUUGCUAAGUGAUGUGGUCAUAAAAUUACCCAAUUUUAUGACCUUUUUGCAGCAAUUGUUAAAAGUAUCCAGCUUCCUCCACUGACUUUGCUUACCAGAAGCUGAUUGGGAGAGGUGCAAGUGCUGAUCAUAUGACCUGAUAAAUAAAUGCCGGCUCUCCAGCACCCAAAUUACAAUCAUAAGACUGGGGAAACUAAUGGUUAUAAUGUAAGGAUCAGCUAUAAACCACUUUUUUCAGUACAGUUGUAACUUCAGAUGAUUGCUAAAGGAAUAGCCUUGGUGGCGCAGUGGACUAAAGUGCUGUUAAGUAGCACCAGCUGCCUGCAAUUACUGCAAGUUCAAAUCUCACCAGGCUCAAGGUUGACUCAGCCUUCCAUCCUUUCGAGGUAGGUAAAAUGAGGACCCGGAUUGUGGGGGCAAUAAGCUGAUUUUGUAUAAAAAAGAACACUGCUUAGGGAGGGCCGAAAGCCCUACUAAGCAGGUAUAUACAAAAGUAUGAAGCCUAUUGCUUAAUGCAUUGUAAGCUGCCCUGAGUCUCCAGAGAAGGGCGACAUAUAAAUCGAACCAAUAAAUAAACAAUAAUAAAUAGUUCUAAAUUGAGGACUAACUAUUCUUUUUUGGCAGAUUUUAAACCUGCUGUGAUAUAUAGCUGUGUUUGCUUUUAGUUGUAUUUAAAUUUGUACUCCUUAUAACAAUGUAUUUACAUAAUUUAAAAUUGGCUUGUCAAAAAGAAUUAAAUUAAAUUAAAUUACCUUAUUAUUUAA